CAUUUCAAGGAAACGCAAACUGACAUUUUCGUCAGAAAAGAAAAAAAAAAUUUGUUAAAUAGUCUCAGAGAAAUAAUUUGCCACUAACAUUUAUCUCCUUCUUUGUUACACACCAUAUCCUUGUAAUCAAGUGAUCAGGUCAGCUACAAAAUCAUUUUGGCAUCGCACAAUUCUAUGGUCUUUCCCUAGCUGAAGAAUCGCAAGAUCAAUAACAGUAUUCGUAUAUUUUUAAGAGGUAUUUAUUCGAACUCCUUCAAUAAAAUGGUAAGACAACGGCCACGAAAAUCUGUCGAAGAGCUGUAUGCGUCAAAAUUUGAAACAAACACAAUUAAAUCUCAAGCAAACAAUAACAUGCCAAAGAACUUACGCGAUCGCGGAGAGUACGGCGGAUACAUUAUCACUUCCAAUACACCAUACAAUACCAGCUGUCAAGCAACAUCUGGCAACUCGGCAACUGUCAAUGGUAACGGCAAUACAAUGGGAGUUAGCAGUAUGACGACAGGUCGUCGUAAAAGUGCACGUCCGGUAACUAAUAGCGUCAAACAAGACAAAUAUUUUGGUAAGGACGAGAAGGUACUGAAUCUGGAUGAUGGUAAAAAAGAGCAUAGUGGCAGUAACAAAGCUAAGACUGCCCGCACAGAAAAAAGCAACUAUGGUCCACCAUCGGCGAUAUACAAUGCGCCUAAUAUAUACGAUAACAAGAACUAUACAAGCUAUGCGGAUAGUACCGCACAAAAAGAUCUACGCGUUCAGGAGCAUUCUAAUCACCAUCGUCACCAUCACGCCAACCAUGACGAUGAUAAGGAUGAUGAUACCGAAGAGUUUUUUGAACUCAUUCGUCAAACUGUUGAAAACGCUAUUGGAAAAUCCAUCUCUGAUUUACUCAACCGUAAUUUUCGUGAAUUAUCAGCAAAAGUCGAUCGAUUUUCUGCUGAACUUAAGUCCACAAACUCAAUGUUAAAUAAACUUCAGGCUGAUUUGAAUAACAAGGUUGUGCACUAUGGGGAGGAGAACUCACGCCAUUUCCGCUAUCUCUGCAUGAAAUCAGAGUAUGACAAAAUGUUUUACCAACACCAUACGAUGUUGGCAUCUACAUCAAACACCCAAUCAACUGCAGCACCAACUCCACCAACAAAUCAUCCCGAGAAGCGAGGUAGCGGAUCGAAGCAAAGUACAUCGGUCAAUGAAUGUGAAAAGGGACAAAACUCAUGUUCAUGUCGCAGCACAAUUAAAACACCACCUUCCGAACCACACAAAACCUCUUCGGAGGAGCGUAGCAUGAGCCAAAAGUCAUCUGAGAUGGGUAUGCGUGAAGUUUUAGAGCACAUUCAACGCUUUUGUACCCAAAUACAAAUGAGUGAACUAAAAUGUGACGAUCAACCGUUGCCCAAAAGUAACAGUUAUCGCUUAGAAGACGCUAUGAAAAUUAGCAAGCCCGUUUUCGAAGAGGAUGAUGAUGAUUUCCAAAUGAGCUCCGAUGGCAUGACACCUCGCAGCGACGAACACUUGCACCACAAUAAAUAUGGUGGUACAACGAUGCGUAGUUGCAGCACAACGCGGGGAGGAAACGGAGGUGGAGAUGCCUAAGAUUAGAAUAAUGGGUAUUUAUCUGCUGUUCUUUAAUACACUUGUAUAAUAAUAAGUACAGCGAAGGAAGACACAAAGAAGAGGAAGAAGGAAAUUAUAAUGAAAACAAACAAUUAAUAUAUGUACAUAAAAUUGUAUGUGAAUAAUAUAAUAUACAUAGUAAUACGCUAUGGCAUGUGUGAUCGUUAAAAAUCCCUAAAUAAUGGAAUUUUAAAUGUAAUUGUAACUCUAAAUUAUGCUCGUUCCCGAUUAUUUAUUUCUCAAAGAAUUUAAAAUUUGUAUCAUACAUAUAUAUAUGUAUUAUAUAUAUAUUUCAUAUUAUAAUCUUGAUACCUCCCGUUCUACUUGGAAUAAACUAAAAUUGUAGCAUUA